CGUCAUUACUUCGAGUGGGAGUUGAGGCUCACGAGACGGUGUGUUCUCAGUUUAUUCAUGUGCUUAGGUAUUUCGAUAUUUGUUUAAGUUUAAUUUUGGCAGGGAUAUCUACACUUUGUUUAGUUAGCGAUUGAAUUUAAAAUAUCAUUCUGAAAUAUCACUGUUGGUGGAGAAAAUGAGUGUUGAGGCGUACGGGCCGAGCUCGCAGACUCUCACGUUCCUGGACACUGAGGAAGCGGAGUUGCUUGGAGCAGAUACCCAGGGUUCUGAGUAUGAGUUCACGGAUUUUACCCUGCCGAGCCAGACUCAAACAGGCCAAACGCAGAGUCAGUUGGAAAAUCAGGUGAAUGGGCCUGAUGGAGUACAGCAGAAUGGGGAUGACCCUGUUGUGAAAGCAAGUCAACUUCUUGCAGAGUUGAACUUUGAAGAAGACGAGGAAGACAGCUAUUAUACUAAAGACCUCCCAGUCCAUGCAUGCAGUUACUGUGGCAUUCACGAUCCUGCUUGUGUGGUGUAUUGCAACACCAGCAAGAAGUGGUUUUGCAAUGGACGUGGCAAUACAUCUGGCAGCCACAUUGUGAACCACCUGGUCAGAGCCAAGUCCAAGGAGGUGACUCUGCACAAGGAUGGUCCUUUGGGGGAGACGGUGCUGGAGUGCUACAACUGUGGCUGUCGCAACGUCUUCCUCCUGGGGUUCAUCCCUGCCAAGGCAGACUCUGUGGUGGUACUGCUUUGCAGGCAGCCAUGUGCCAGUCAGAGCAGUCUGAAAGACAUCAACUGGGACAGCUCCCAGUGGCAGCCGCUGAUCCAGGACCGCUGCUUCCUGUCCUGGCUGGUUAAGAUCCCCUCUGAGCAGGAGCAGCUGCGGGCCCGCCAGAUCACCGCCCAGCAGAUAAACAAGCUUGAGGAGCUCUGGAAGGAAAACCCCACAGCCACUCUGGAGGACCUGGAGAAGCCCGGCGUGGACGAGGAGCCUCAGCACGUGUUGCUGCGCUACGAGGAUGCCUACCAGUACCAGAACAUCUUUGGCCCCCUGGUCAAACUGGAGGCUGACUACGAUAAGAAACUCAAAGAGUCCCAGACCCAAGACAAUAUUACUGUCAGGUGGGACUUGGGACUCAAUAAAAAGCGGAUUGCUUAUUUCAGCCUUCCCAAGACGGACUCAGGUGACAUGCGCCUGAUGCAGGGAGAUGAGAUUUGCCUGAGGUACAAGGGAGACCUUUCCCCACUCUGGAAGGGCAUUGGACAUGUCAUCAAAGUCCCAGACAACUAUGGCGAUGAGAUAGCCAUCGAGCUGAGGAGCAGUGCUGGGGCCCCCGUGGAAGUACCACACAACUUCCAGGUUGACUUUGUGUGGAAGUCCACCUCCUUUGACCGGAUGCAAAGUGCCCUGAAGACCUUUGCCGUGGACGAGACCUCUGUGUCCGGGUACAUCUACCACAAGCUGCUGGGUCACGAGGUGGAGGAUGUGGUCAUCAAGUGUCAGCUGCCCAAACGCUUCACCGCCCAGGGCCUGCCUGACCUCAACCACUCACAGGUAUAUGCUGUGAAGACUGUGCUGCAGCGUCCUCUCAGUCUCAUCCAGGGGCCCCCUGGCACUGGGAAAACUGUCACCUCUGCCACUGUAGUGUACCACCUGGCCAGACAGGGCAACGGGCCUGUGCUGGUGUGUGCUCCCAGUAACAUUGCGGUGGACCAGCUGACUGAGAAGAUCCACAUGUCAGGUCUGAAGGUGGUGAGGCUGUCUGCCAAGAGCAGAGAGGCCAUCGACUCCCCUGUGUCCUUCCUGGCUCUGCACAACCAGAUCCGCAACAUGGACAGUAUACCAGAGCUUCAGAAGCUCCAGCAGCUGAAGGACGAGACUGGGGAGCUGUCCUCCUCAGACGAGAAGCGCUACAGGGCCCUGAAGCGCACCGCCGAGAGGGAACUACUUAUGAAUGCUGAUGUGAUCUGCUGUACCUGUGUGGGGGCAGGAGACCCCCGCCUGGCCAAGAUGCAGUUCCGCUCCAUCCUCAUUGAUGAGAGCACCCAGGCCACUGAGCCAGAGUGUAUGGUGCCUGUCAUACUGGGGGCCAAGCAGCUGAUCCUGGUGGGAGACCACUGCCAGCUGGGUCCAGUAGUGAUGUGUAAGAAGGCUGCCAAGGCGGGCCUGUCCCAGUCCCUGUUUGAGCGUCUUGUGGUGCUGGGCAUUAGGCCCAUCCGUCUGCAGGUGCAGUACCGUAUGCACCCGGCCCUCAGCGCUUUCCCCUCCAACAUCUUCUACGAGGGCUCCCUGCAGAACGGAGUCACCGCAGCUGACCGCAUCAAGAAAGGCUUUGACUUCCAGUGGCCACAACCAGACAAGCCCAUGUUCUUCUACGUGACCCUGGGCCAGGAAGAAAUUGCAAGCUCUGGAACCUCCUAUCUUAACAGAACUGAGGCUUCCAACGUGGAGAAGAUCACCACCAGGCUGCUAAAGGCUGGGGCCAAGCCUGACCAGAUAGGCAUCAUCACCCCCUACGAGGGCCAGAGGUCCUACCUGGUGCAGUACAUGCAGUUCAGUGGCUCCCUCCACACCAAGCUCUACCAGGAGGUGGAGAUAGCCAGCGUUGAUGCGUUCCAGGGCAGAGAGAAGGACUUCAUCAUCCUGUCCUGUGUCAGAGCCAACGAGCACCAGGGCAUUGGCUUCCUCAACGACCCACGCCGUCUCAACGUGGCUCUCACCAGAGCCAGGUAUGGGGUUAUCAUCGUGGGCAACCCCAAGGCCCUGUCCAAGCAGCCUCUGUGGAACCACCUGCUCAACUACUAUAAGGAGCAGAAGGUUCUGGUGGAGGGACCCCUCAACAACCUGAGGGAGAGCCUCAUGCAGUUCAGCAAGCCCCGCAAACUGGUCAACGCCAUCAACCCUGGGGGCCGUUUCAUGAGCACAGCCAUGUAUGAUGCAAGGGAGGCUCUUAUUCCUGGAUCUGUGUAUGACCGCAGCAGCACUGGACGUUCAUCCAACAUGUACUUCCAGACCCACGACCAGAUCGGCAUGAUUGGUCCGGGCCCCAUGGCCUCCAUGAACAUUCCCUUCAACCUGGUCAUGCCCCCCAUGCCGCCGCCAGGCUACCUGGGCCAGGUCCACUGCCCGCCAGCAGGCCGUGGUGGAGGUAUGAAGGGUAAGGCGGGCGGCGGAGGGGUGCGAGGUGGGCGCCAGCGGAGCCGUGGCAUGGGGAACCACGGCGGGGGCAGCGGGCUCAUGAGUGGCAGCCAGGCCAGCCAGGACCUGGGCUCCCAGCCCUUCUCCCAGGGACCCCUCACACAGGGCUACAUCACCAUGAGCCAGCCUUCCCAGAUGAGCCAGCCUGGCCUCUCCCAGCCUGAACUCUCUCAGGACAGCUACCUUGGCGAUGAGUUCAAGUCCCAGAUUGACGUGGCCCUCUCCCAAGACUCCACCUACCAAGGGGAAAGAGCUUAUCAACAUGGUGUGACUGGACUGUCCCAGUACUAGAGUGUUGUGGGAAAAGGAGCUAGGCCUGUGCUGAGCUUAGUUCGUCGCCAUUUUAAUCUGGGUAAUAUCAAAAAAAGAACAUAUGGAUACCCGUUUUCCACUGCUACAACUGAAGCACCACUGUGUGAAAGCAACAGGAGAGAGACCGAGAGAAACCAACCAAUCACAAGAGUGAGAGCAAAAUGGGGGUAGAGCUGGACAAGACAAGAGCGAGGAGGAGGGAGAGAGAAGGCGCUGCUCGCACACGGAGAAAAGGAGAAGCAGCAUACGUUGGGGUAGCAGCGUCGGAGCGACAAGCCCUUUGAUUAUGAGUCGAGGGGUGAAAGGUCAUGGAUCCUCAAUGGGGUCACAGGAGUCACAUCCCUACCACCACCUCUUCUCCCCCAGGGACCACAAGUUAGUUGGCUGAGGACAUUGUUCUCGGAGCAGAGAGACUGAGAAGAGUUCUCACACAACCCUCCAACCUCACUCUACAAAACCGUCUCCUGCCAGCUAGAGGGGAAAAAGGGGACGAAACUCUUGAAGCAGUCAGUCGAUUUGGGAAAAUUUCUAACCUCAAAGUUGAUCCGUGCUCAUGCUCUGCAUUUGAACAUGUUUGAGCGAGAGGCGAGAGGUUUUGGGCAGACCAAGAAUGGUCUUGUUGAACGUCUCAAACGGAAUCAAAUGGUGCAGGAGUCGGAAGAAUACUGACCAUUCAUCUUUUUCAACUUUGAGUUGGAAAGUUUUCUACAUGAGGUCUGUUGUUGCAGAGGUUUUGAAAGCUGGUGAAUUUCACUGGCUUUCCGCUCUGGUCUUUCUGAAGGAUAAGUGGUGGAAUGGCUCUUGAAACAAUUAAAGGAAACAUUAUUGUCUCGAGAUCUGAAGUGGUGGACUUGAAAGAUCUGUAGUUUGCGAGACAGGUUUUUGUUUUUUUCUUAAGUCUAUCUGUAGUACAAAAAGGAGAGUAAAAAGAAUACCAUAACCAACUUAUUGUAAUCGAAAAAGCAGGCAUCACUUGCUCUUUAAAAUUACCUCCAAAUUAUUACUUUAAAAUUAGUCACAGCUUCACAGACAUGAAAUGCCACAAAGAAAGCACUUGUAGAAUGCACAUAUCAUUUGCAUGGCUACAUGGCUAAUUCAUUAAUCCACAUUAAGCAGAGAAGUUAUCCCUAGAGACCCAAGUUUAAACAUGAAAUUAUGUAUUAAAUCAUGUUUUACUUUGUUGGUCAACAAUUCAUAAGAGGUGUUGCAAGGGAACAAGAAUUUCUGUUCAGAGAGGUUAUAGUAAUGAAGUGUGUGAAUACUACUGGGAUAAGACUCCGCAGUAUUCACAAGUGGAAGUCUGGACCUGACUACUGAGGAAGGUUAGAAGCCUCUGGCAACUGCUAAUUGUAGGUAUUCAGUACUGGCUGUCAUAACUGAAUGAAGGUUAUGAACUCACUUAAAAAUAUAAAUAUAUAAUUUCUGACCAUACCUUGAUGAGUUUGUUGACUGUGGCAGAGGAUGAGAACAAAUAUUUGUAUAUUGGUGUUGUAGACACAGUAGGUACUUUUAUAUUUAGUGCCCAUGAAAGGUUAUGGUGUAGAUUUGUGUAGCCCCCACCACAGAUCUAGUCUCAAACCUGACUCUAGGCAAACCAGUGGGUGCGUUCCUUUGCUGAUGCAGGCCAGAUCGUUAUAGAUAUAUAUAGAUAGAUAGCAAUCUGGUCCCUGACGACAUAGUCGAGGACGUGCCAUGCAACCAAUGGUUGAUGCAUGCAAUGUCUGAGCAGGGGAACAUGACUAGGGUCUGGUUUCAAUGCUCGUGUUCCCCUGGUCAGACAUUGCACGUAUCAAUCAGUGGUUGCGUGCCCUGUCAUCAACUAUGUCAUUAACUGACAGAUUGCUAUGACAUAUGUGGUUAGCUGAUACUUUAAAUGCCAUCAACGCCUGGGCACAGGAACGCCCCCAAUGAUGGACUCUUUUAGCAUAGAGGAACUGUCACUACCUACACUAUAUUUCCAGCAGUAUGUGGGCACCGAUUCAAAUGAGUGGAUUCGGCUAUUUCAGACCCAUCUGUUACUGAUGGGUAUAUACAAUCGAGUACACAGCCAUGCAAUCUCCAUAGACAAACAUUGACAAUAGAAUGACCUUACUGAAAUGCUAAGUGACUUUCAAUGUGGCACUGUCAUAGGAUGCCACCUUUCCAACAAGUCAGUUUGUCAAAUUCCUGCCCUGCUAGAGCUUCCCCAGUCAAUUGUAAAUGCUGUUGUGAAGUGGAAACGUCUAGGAGCAACAACGGCUCAGCCGCAAAGUGGUAGGCCACACAAGCUCAUAGAACGGGACCGCUGAGUGCUGAAGGGCGUAGCUUGUAAAAUUAGUCUGUCCUCGGUUGCAACACAUAGUUCUAAACUACCCCUGGAAGCAACAUCAGCGCAAGAACUGUUCGUCUGGAGCUUAAUGAAAUGGGUUUCCAUGGCCGAGCAACCGCUCACAAGCCUAAGAUCACCAUGCGCAAUGCCAAGCGUUGGCCGGAGUGGUGUAAAGCUUGCCGUCAUUGGACUCUGGAGUAGUGGAAAUGCGUUCUCUGGAAUGAUGAAUCACCAUCUGGCAGUCCGACGGAAGAAUCUGGGUUUGGCGAAUGCCAGGAGAAAGCUACCUGCCCCAAUGCAUAGUGCCAACCGUAAAGUUUGGUAGAGGAAAAAUAAUGGUUGGGCUGUUUUUCAUGGUUUCAACUAGGCCCCUUAGUUCCAGUGAAGGGAAAUCUUAAUGUUAAGGCAUACAAUGACAUUCUAGAUGAUUCUGGACUUCCAACUUCGUGGCAACAGCAUGACAAUUCCCCCGUGCACAAAGUGAGGUCCAUUCAGAAAUAGUUUGUCGAUCAGUGUGGAAGAACUUGACUGGCCUGCACAGAGGCCUGACCUCAACCCCAUCGAACACCUUUGGGAUGAAUUGGAACGCCGACUGCGAGCCAGGCCUAAAUGCCCAACAUCAGUGCCGGACCUCACUAUGCUAUUGUGGCUGAAUGGAAGCAAGUCCCCGCCCGCAGUAAUGUUCCAAGGAAACCUUUCCAGAAGAGAGUAGGCUGUUAUAGCAGCAAAGGGGGGACCAACUCUAUAUUAAUGCCCAUGAUUUUGGAAUGAUGAGCAGGUGUCCACAUACAUUUGGUAAUGUAGUGUAAGGGAAAAUAAAUAUUUUAAAGGGACUCCCAACAAACAAUGAGGCAGACAUGCCAGAACGUUGCGAUUCUAAACUAACGUUUGUAAGAGUCCAUACUUUAAACCAGACCCUAGUCACUGUGUUGCCUAGGGUUGUGUUUUCAAGCCUACCACACACCCACACCCACCCCGUUGGAAAAGAAAAAAUGUAUUUGGUAGAUUGUGAGAACCCUUUUUUUCCGGUUGAAGUUGAAAUUUUACUUUCCCCUUUUGAAUGUCUUUUUAAUUUUAUAACUACCAAUACAUAAAUCUUCAAACAUGUAGUAGACCUACCUGUCACAUGGAGAAUCAUUGAUGCACAGUGCCUUCAGAAAGUAUUCAUACCUCUUAUUCCAUUUUGUUGUAUUUCUAUUGUAUUUAUUUAGGAUCCCCAUCAGUUCCUGCCAAGGGAGAGGCUAUUCUUCCUGGGGUCCAGAAACAUUAAGGCAGUAAUAUACAAUUUAAAAUAUGACAUAACAUUUCAUAACACUUUUCACAACACAUUAAGUGUGUGCCCUCAGGCCACUACUCUAUUACCAUAUAUCUACAAUACAACAUCCAUGUGUACAGUCCCCACUGUUCCAUAAGGUGUAUUCUUCUGUUUUUAAAAAAUCUGAUUCUACUGCUUGCAUCAGUUACCUGAUGUGGAAUAGAGUUCCAUGUAGUCAUGGCUCUAUGUAGUACUGUUGUGGUCUGUUCUGGAUUUUGGGAUUGUGAAGAGACCUCUGGUUGCAUGUCUUGUGGGAUAUGCAUGGGUGUGCAUUCAGCAUGUCAAUACUUCUUACAAAAACAAAUAGUGAUUUAGUCAAUCUUUCCAACUGCAUGAGAGAUUGACAUGCAUAUUAUUGUUAGCUCUCUGUGUACAUUUAAGGGCCACCCAUGCUGCACUGUUCUGAGACAAUUGUAAAUCCUUCUUUGUGGCACCUGACCACACGACUUGACAGUAGUCCAGGUGAGACACAACUAUGGUCUGUAGGACCUGCCUUGUUGAUAGUUAAGAAGACAGACCUCUCCCCAUCUUAGGUACCGUGGCAUCAACAUGUUUUGACCAUGACAGUUUACAAUCCAGGGUUACUCCAAGCAGUUUAGUCUCCUCAACUUGCUAAAAUUCCACAUUAUUCAUUACAAGAUUUAGUUGAUGUUUAGUGUCCCAAAUACAAUGUUUUUAGUUUUAGAAAUAUUUAGGACUAACUUGAAUUGUACAAUAUUUGUACAUUACUUUUAAAAUUCUCAACCUCUAGCAAUGAUCAACAACCAACUUGACAGACAGCCAUUUUCAAGUAUUGUCAUAGAUUGUUAAGCUGAUUUAAAGUCAAACAUUCAAUGUCAUCUUGGUAAGCAAACCCCAGUGUAUAUUUGGCCUUGUAUUUUAGGUUAUUGUCCUGCUGAAAGGUGAAUUAGUCUCCCAGUGUCUGUUGGAAAGAAGACUGAACCAGGUUUUCCUCUUUGAUUUGGCAUGUUCUUAACUAUAUUGUAAAUUAUCCCCCCAAAAACGUCCCUAAUCUUUGCUGAUGACAAGCAUACCCAUAACAUAAUGCAGCCACCACCAUGCUUGAACAUAUGGAGAGUGGUACUCAGUAAUGUGUUGUAUUGGAUUUGCCCCAAACACAACGCUUUGUAUUCGGGACAGAGUUAAUUUCUUUAACACACUUUUUUAACACACUUUAGUGCCUUAUUGCAAACAGGAUGCAUGUUUUGUGAUAUUUUUAAUUCUGUACAGGUAUAAAAAUAAAAAAACACUGUCAUUUAGGUUAGUAUUGUGUGUAACUACAAUGUUGAAAUGAGGAUGGAUUUCACAGCCAUUAAACUCUUAACUGUUUUAACGUCACCAUUGGUCUUACGUUGAAAUCCCUGAAUGGUUUCCUUCCUCUCCGGCAUCUGAGUUCGGAAGGUCGCCUGCAUCUUUGUAGUGACUGGGUGUAUUGAUACACCAUCCAAAGCGUGUAAUUAUUAACUUCACCAUGCUCAAAGGGAUAUUCUAUUUCUGCUUAUUUAAUUUUUUGACCCAUCUACCAAUAGUUGCCCUUCUUUGCGAGGCAUUGGAAAACCUCCCCUGGUCUUUAUGGUUGAAUCUGUGCUUGAAAUUCACUGCUCGACUGAGAGCCCUUACAAUGAUCUGAAUGUGUGGGGUACAGAGAUGAUAAACACUAUUAUUGCACACAGUGAUUUUUACUCCUGAACUUAAUUUAGUCUUGCCAUAAAAGGGGUUGAAUACUUAUUUACUCAAGACAUUUCAGCUUUUCAUUUUUUAUUAUUUUGUAUUUUAAAAAAAAGAAAAGUAAAUCCACUUUGAUAUUAUGGGGAAUUGUAUGUAGGCCAGUGGCACAAUCUCAAUUUUAAUAUAUUUUCGAUUCAGGCUCUAACACAACAAAAUGUGGAAAAAGGCAAGCAGUGUGAUUACUUUCUGAAGGCACUGUAAUUUGUAUCAUUGAUGGUCAAAGUUCUCGUGUGUAAAAGUAGUAUUUUGUGAUAAUCCUACUUGUCACUUCCCUGCUGUGUUAAGUUUUAGGUCUGAAAUCUUUCAUUCUGUAAUUCUGAAUUGUAUGUAACCAUCCCCCAUGAUUCAUUACGGUACCCUCCAUUCCAUGUGUGAUAGUGUCAUCUGACAAUUUUGAUGUCAUUUUGCUGAGUCGUGUUAGGCUAUGAUUUUCAGAAGUCAUUGUCGUAUGCUAAUGUGGUUAAACAUUUUCUGUUAUGAACACCUGUGGAAAGACAUUUUAAGAUGUUACCCAUUCUGACUAAAUGUGUUUGUACCUAUCCAUAUCUUCUAGACAUUAACCACAUCCCUCCAAAUACAUUUAGAAAAUGUGUUAUUUCUGACAGCGUUCCCUAUUUGACAACCUGUGCAUGUGCUGUUCGAUAGUACACCUCAAUUAUCAGGUUUCAUCACUAAACAUUCAUGUAUCUUUAUGAAAUUAGCCUAUUGUUGCAAAAGGGGAACUCCUGAAGAGAAAAUAAACUGCUCCUGCAAUACAACUAAAUGGUUAGGGUAUGAAAUGAGUUCAAGUAGAUUAAAUAUUGGUCCACUACAAAUGGUAACUGAUCUUUGCUCAUCUUCAAAUAUCGUUCAAACAAAACACCACUCUUGAGUGUCUCAUGGGUUACAGGGGUUUUGGAAUGCCAAGAACCUUCAAUUAGGACACAAAAUAUUCUAGAUUUGUCCUCUUUCUCCCCCCAUAGCUGGUGUCAUCCUAGUAUCAUUUAUUUUCAUUAUUUGCUUCUGCAGGGUUUUACUUUGGAGUGAAGUGAUGUUUCUUUUUUCUUGGAAAUUGCUUGAUUAUGAUUAUCUAGUUAUUUGGUCAUUUGUUAUACUCUCACUGAAAUGUCAUCCUUGUAACAUCUUUGAAAAAAAUAAAGGUUUCUUUUCACUCA